AACCACCUAUUCCUCGUGACUAUUGUAGCACUCCCAGUAAUAACCCAAUCAUUCAAAUGAGUGGGAACCCUUCACAUGGGGGACAUAUUGAUGCCGCUGGGAACCCUGAAUUGUUCUCGCAGCAGUCUCCUUGUUUUGCUUCGGCAGGUGUAUGCAGUAGGGAAGCUUCUGGAUUCAAUGCAUCGAGGCAGUUAGAAUAUGGUCAUAAUGAUAUAUAUCAAGCUUCUCAACCGAACCAGCAAUUUCAACCAGGUAGUACGCCUUUUGUGCAAAGACCUUUACAUCCAAGCUUGCCACAAAAUCCAUCCAAUCAUUUCUCGUUUCCAAAGCCAACGAUUCAGCAACAUCCUCAGCAUCCAUAUACCCAUCCAUAUUCUGUGCCAUCUCAACCUGAUGGUGGAAGGCGAUUUGUUGCUGAUGAACAAUGGAGAAUAAACUCAAAUGAAUUUACCGCAGAUAAUCAGCAUGGAAUGUGGAUGGCUGGAAGAACUCCAUCACAUUCAGGCCCUCCAUUUGUACAGGAAGGUUAUUUUCGGCCACCCCUUGAAAGGCCUCCCUCAAGUAACAUGGGCUUUCAGCUCCCUGCUGCUGGCAAUUUACCAGCUGGAGUUGCAAUUCCAGGUCAUGGUGUCUCCCAGCUAUUGCCGUGUCGGCCAGACAUGUCAGCACUUAAUUGUUGGAGACCAGCUUGAAAAAAUGAGCUUAUUUGGUACUUUUAGGCUGCUUAAUUGCAAUCGGUGGUGAGUCAAUUCUGAAAUUCACAUUAUAGUUUACUUGGAAGGAAGAUUUGGCUUGUGGUUGAAAUCACUAUAUAGCCCUUGAAAGCAAUACCAGAUCUUGUGGAGACUUUGGCAGGAUUGUGUAUAUUGUAAUUUUUCCUGACAAAUGUAUCCCGCGAACAUUUGCUUCUGAGUAUACUCACUUGUUUCGACUUGGCGGCAAGAUUUAUCAUUGCUUUCUUAAGGAGAAUCAAUACUGAAAUAAGGUGGCGAUUAGACAUCCUAUUGUUACAGGCUGCGAUAAAUCACUGAUCAUGCGAUGCCACCAUCUGUUGUUUUUCAGUUUGGAUGUACACGCUGAGGAAUAACUUCAGAGUUCUCGGUGGUCAAAAAACUGCUGCAAAAUGCUGAGGUAAAUACUUGAUAUAAAUUCUUGAACCAACGAAUUGUUAUACUUCUCAAAGUUGUUAGAAAAAAUUUUCAUGCAAAUAAUACUCUUAACCAAGUAAAAAUAGUUCCAAAAAUGUUCUAUAGUUUUUCUUUUGAUUUACCAGUUACUAAUACAUAACUUUGUGAAUAUAGUUAUUUACUCAUUCAUAAUAAGAUCCGGCAGUUGAGUCA